GACCACUCCGUCAAAAGCGCGACGAUCUCGUCACGUGUCUGUUUCGGAAGAGAGAAGUUUCUUCUUAAACGCGCCGCGCAACACUGUUUUGCGACCAUGUCAUUUUGUUCAUUUUCCAGAGGAGAGAUCUUUAAAGAUCACUUCGACGCGGGUACCUAUGUUUGUGUUAAGUGUGGAUAUGAGCUGUUUUCUAGCAAAAAGAAAUAUGAGCACUCGUCUCCCUGGCCUGCCUUCACUGAAACUAUUCACAAGGACAGUGUCUCCAAAAUGGAGGAGAGACCUGGUGCGCUGAAGAUUUGCUGUGGGAAGUGUGGUAAUGGCCUGGGUCAUGAGUUUCUGAAUGACGGACCCAAGCGUGGACUCUCACGAUUCUGAAUAUUCAGCAGCUCACUUAAGUUUAUCCCUAAAGAGGGUGAACAGUAGAGUGAGCUGAUGGAGUGAGGUGAAGAAGACAUAAUGUUCAGAGGUACAGAGGUUCUGUGGAAGGUGUGGACAGUUUAUGACGUGUUGUGCUACAAAUCCCUGAGUGGAAGUCAGAACACUGAUAUUUAAGGUCACACUGGUACAAAAGGACAAGUCUGCUUCUAGUCAGUGUCUCUUCAAGUCUGUUGAUAGUCUGUAUCCAUGCAUACCAAAAAUGAAUCGUGAUUGCUAUAUGGCAUUUCUUAAAUGAUUUUAAUUAGGCUGUUUAAUGUAAGCAAUUGUACGAUUGUUAAAAAUCCUUGCAAUAAGCUUUAUGAAAAUGUAGCACCAAAGCAGAAAAUAUUGUUUUGUACAAUGGGAGAAAAUGUCUGAUUAUAAGUUAUGCUAUUGUUUGACAGUGUUGCACAAAGAAAUCAAAUGUUCUUCUUACCAAACGGUCUAAGAAUAAAGUUUUCAUUUAAGAAUAAGAAA